AGGAAGAGAAAACGAUAACAUGAUUGGAGAGACAUCUUCUUCGAGUCAUUCUGGCUUCAGUGGAUCUAAUGCACUGUCACAUGUUUAUAUUCAAUACCCACCUCUAAGAUGCAAUGUUCCUGAAUCAAGGAAAUUAUUUUAUGACGAUGGGAAUAAAAUUAUUCUUUCAGUGACAUCUAAUCAGGUUUUUUCAUGGAAAACUGCUCCAUACAACCCUUAUGUUACUCCUUCAUCUGAUCCAAUAAGCGAAGGACCUGUACUUUCUAUUCGAUAUUCAUUAGAUCUCAAGCUUUUUGGUGUCCAGCGAUCUAGUCAUGAGAUCCAGAUCUUUAACAAACAGACUGGAGAUACAUUUAGCCAAAAGUGCAGGACUGAGUCAGAAAGCAUUCUGGGAUUCUUUUGGACGGACUGUCCGAACUAUGAUAUUGUGUUUGUGAAAACCAGCGGGCUGGAGUUUUACUCAUACAAUACCGAGUCCAAGUUUCUCCAUUUAGUGGAGACAAAGAAAACGAACAUUAGCUGGUAUAUCUACACUCAUGAAAGCAGACUGGUGCUUCUUGCUUCAGGAAUGCAGUGCAAGAGUUUUACAGGUUAUCAGCUGUCAUCUGCUGGCAUAAUUAAGCUGCCUAGGUUUGAGAUGGCAAUGGUGAAAACAGAGGCAAAUAAUAAGCCCAUUCUUGCUGCUGAAGAUGUCCAUAUUAUCACUGUGUAUGGCAGGAUUUAUUGUCUACAGUUUGAUAGAAUUGGGAUGCUACUUCACUCAUAUAGGUUUUAUCGAGAUGCUGUAGUACAGCAGGGUUCUCUGCCAGUUUACUCCAAUCGAAUUGCUGUGAGUGUGGUUGACAAUGUUUUGCUAGUUCAUCAAGUGGAAGCAAAGGUUGUCAUUAUAUAUGAUUUGUUCGCAGAUUCACAGUCACCUAUUUCUGCUCCACUUCCUCUAUUCGUGAGAGGAUUCUCUAGAGCUACUGCAUCCUCUCAAACUGCUUUUACAGCCUCUGGACCUUCAGAGUCAAAGAAUCUGGGUGAUACCGAACUAACAAUCUAUGGAGAUCAAUGGAAUUUUUUUGUCCCUGAUCUCGUGUGUGAUUUUGCUAAUGGAUUUUUGUGGAAAAUUAACGUGGAUUUGGAGGCAAUUUCAGCCAGUAGCUCAGAAGUUCAACUAAUCCUUGAAUUCUUGCAAAGAAGGAAAUUGGAAGCAGACAAGGCUAAACAGCUCUGCUUGGCAAUUGUUCGCACUAAUAUUUUGGAAAGAAAGCCCAUCCCUGUAGUUUCCAGGGCUGUAGACGUUUUACUCACAGCAUAUUCGCAGGCGAUCAAAACAGGCAGUUACUAUAAGAAAAUCACAGUAGAAGAAGCUUCACCAUCUGGACCUGCCAAUCUAAAUAUGGGGAGCUUGUUGGAACCUGGUACAUCAGGUGGUGAAGUUCCUCCAGACGACCAAUCACAAAUUGUUAGGCCUGGUAAUGAUCAGUUAAAUUCUAAUGGUUCUGAGAGGCACCAGUCCGAAGUUACUUCUUCAGCUGCAACUUCACCGGAGGAUUUGUACAGCUAUGUGUUUGCUCCAAUUGAGGAAGAGAUGGCAGGAGAUGUAUCUUACUUUAUGGCCAUCAUUGUUGAGUUUCUACGGAGUACUAGCUUGGAAAAAUUAAAGGUGCAUCCUAAUACCUACAUCUUGAUGGUACAAGUACUUGCCAGGGAUGAGCGUUUUACCGAACUUGAAUUAUUUAUCAUGAAUAAGAUUAUUGAGCCUUCAAAAGAAGUAGCUAUGCAACUACUGGAAUCUGGCCGUCGGAACCUUCAAAUAAGGAAGUUGGGCCUGGAUAUGUUAAGACAGCUCUCCUUGAAUCAUGACUAUGUUUUGCUGCUUGUACAAGAUGGAUACUAUCUUGAAGCUCUACGCUAUGCACGGAAGACUAAGGUGAACACAGUCCGGCCCUCGUUGUUUCUAGAAGCAGCUUACGCUUCUAAGGAUCCACAGCACCUUGCUUCGGUUUUAAGAUUCUUUUCUGAUUUCAUACCUGGCUUUAAGAACACCUCCGAUCACCAAACGUACCACCGCAUUGUUUCUGAGAUGCAUUCAUAAAUUGAGGGGCUGUUUUUGUCGAAUACGUGAAAGUUUUUGGUUCCUUGUUCUAAAUUUGAUUGUUUUUUCCUGUUCCUUCAUUUUCACCUCUGUUUUUCAGUGACAAAGCAUCUGCGGUAGUAAAAGAGACAGCUUCGUCUGCUUUCCGUUUAUUAUUGUCUACUAUUUCAUAUCUAGAUUUUUGGAUUUUGGUAAGAAAAUAUUUAUUUUGUUAUGUUGCUAUAUAUUUUCAGUUUCUUGCACAA